AUGCCUCAGCUUCGACCCAGCGAGACAGGCACCCAUGAACGGCGCGACGUGCCCGCAUCCAUGGCCAGCCCCAAUCCGACGGCCACGAUUUGCCGCCGAUCCCAACAAUUGCAGAACACCAUGGCCGCUACUAAACAGUCAGCCGAUCAACCGCAUGCGGUCAAGACUCGCUGCCUACAAAACGCUGCCAUGGUUCACCAGCACCUUGCUAUCGCUGACUGUUGA